AUGAUUCGAAGCUCAAAAGUCGGUGUCACUCGUGUCAACCCGGGAAAUCAUGUCGAAAAAAUGAGCUCAACUGAUCGAAAGAAUUCGACGACCAGUCGAGGGACAAUUGGAUCGUUUGCACAGGAAUUAACACAAGGAUUGAGAUAUACGAAAAAAGAACUUAAAGAGUAUCGCCAACUCUUUGCAAUGUUUGAUACUGAUGGAUCGGGAGCAAUUGGGAAUCAGGAAUUGAAACAAGCCAUGAUUAGUAUUGGAAUCUCAGCGAAUGAAACAGAGAUUGAUAACAUUAUCAAAGAGGUUGAUGCUGACGGAAAUGGUGAAAUCGAUUUCGAAGAAUUCUGUGCUUGUAUGAAGAAAUCGCAAACGAUAGCCCGAUCAACGAAUGAGGAGUUGAUUCGAGAAUGCUUUCAAAUCUUCGAUCUUGAUCAAAAUGGAGUGAUUAGUGAGGACGAGUUUAAGUACAUUGCAAAAGAAGUCGGCAACUUCGAUGAUGAGUUAGCGGAAAAGGUUUUCCGCGAAUUGGACAUCUCCUCGAAUGGCCAUUUGACCGGUGAUCAAUUCGCGAGUAUUGUCGAGGAUUAUCUCUUGAAUGAUAACAAUCGACCGGCUGAUGCUCAUAUA